GGCAUUUUUUCAGCCAUGGCUCUACUGCUUUCAACUUCAACAGCAGCAGCAGCUGCCUUUUCUCAUUUAUCUUUGAAUUCCAUCUUUGAAACAAAGAAUUUCUUGGUACCCCAUCUCCAAUUUACAGGUUUUACUCAAAAACCCCACAAGAAAAGAUGUCAGCAAAAAGUUCCUUUCUUGGUUUUAUCUGUAAUAAAGGGUACUCAAUCAAGAACAAAAAGGAGAAGUGAUAGUAGUAGUAGUAGUAUUUCAAGAAAAGAUAGUAACUUUAAGCUCUUAUUGAGUGAAGGGAGGGAUAAUGAUGAGAAUUAUGGGUGUAUAUGUCCUGGUUGUGGAAUCUUUAUGCAGGAUGAAGACCCAAAUCAUCCUGGUUAUUACAAGGAAAAAAAGGUGGAAGAAAGUUUAGAGGAUUUUGUGGAUGAUGAGGAUGUUGUUGUUAGUGAAGGUGGGGAUAAUGAAGAAGAGGAGGAAUUUGGGGAUUUUAUUGAGGGGGAGUUGGAAGAAAGUGGAAGUGAAGAAAUGGGGUCAGGGAGUGAGGAUGGAUUUGAUGAUUGGGAUUCCGAGGAAUGGGAAUCGGGGUUGGAAGAAGACGAGGAUGAUUUGAAAGAGUUAGAUGGUUUUUUGCCAGCGGGUUUAGGUUAUGGUAACAUUACAGAGGAGGUUCUUGAGAAAGGAAAGAAGCAAAGGGUGUCGAAAUCGGAGAGGAAAAGGAUGGCGAGGGAAGCGGCUAAGGGAGAGAAAGAGGAGGUCACGGUUUGUGCUCGAUGUCAUUCGUUGAGGAACUAUGGACAAGUGAAGAAUGAGCUGGCCGAAAACUUGAUACCCGAUUUUGAUUUUGACCAGUUAAUUACGAGUAGGUUGAUGAGACCUACUGGGAAAGCUGAUGCGACGGUUGUGGUUAUGGUGGUUGAUUGUGUUGAUUUUGAUGGUUCCUUUCCGAAGAGAGCUGCUAAAUCUUUGUUUAAGGCACUAGAACAAAGCAAGGAUGGCUUGAAACAAAGUAAGAAGUUGCCAAAGCUUGUUCUUGUGGCUACCAAGGUUGACCUUCUCCCUUCUCAAAUUUCCCCAGCGCGUUUGGACAAAUGGGUUCGACACCGUGCUAAAGCUAAUGGAGCACCUAAACUGAGUGGAGUUUACAUGGUAAGUUCCCGUAAAGAUUUAGGUAUUAGAAAUUUGCUGGCAUUUAUUAAAGAAUUGGCUGGUCCUCGAGGAAAUGUGUGGGUUAUUGGGGCGCAAAAUGCAGGGAAGUCGACAUUGAUAAAUGCAUUUGCUAAGAAAGGAGGCGUAAAAGCUACAAAGCUUACAGAAGCUCCUGUACCUGGAACUACUCUGGGAAUCCUGAGAAUUGGAGGAAUUUUGUCAGCCAAGGCAAAGAUGUAUGACACGCCGGGCCUCCUACAUCCAUAUCUUAUGUCCAUGCGAUUAAAUAGGGAGGAGCAGAAAAUGGUUGAGAUACGAAAGGAGCUACAACCUCGAACUUAUAGGAUUAAGCAUGGGCAGACUGUACAUAUAGGGGGCUUAGUUAGACUGGAUCUAGUUCAAGCUUCAGUCGAAACAAUCUACGUCACUGUCUGGGCAUCGCCUAGUGUAUCUCUUCAUCUAGGGAAGACAGAAAAUGCCGAUGAGCUCAAGAACAACCAUGCUGGAGUGAGAUUGCAGCCUCCCAUUUCCAUGGAGCGAGUUUCUGAGUUGGGACAAUGGAAAGAGAGGGAAGUAAAAGCACGUGGAACGAGCUGGGAUGUCAAGAGCAUGGAUGUUGUGGUUGCUGGCUUAGGAUGGUUCUCCCUAGGUUUGAAAGGCGAAGCAGAUUUAGUGUUGUGGACAUAUGAUGGCAUUCAGAUCACAUUGCGUGAGCCAUUGGUACUUGAUCGUGCAGCCUCUAUCGAAAGACCUGGAUUUUGGCUACCAAAGGCUAUAUCAGAGGCCAUCGCUAACUCAUCGAAGCUUGAAGGUCAAGAAGCAAGGGAAAAAUAUCCAUCAGAGGAGACAAUGCAACCUUCAUAAGUAUCCGACUAAAAGAGGCAGCUGAGUCAAUUUUCUUGUGAACAUUUCUA